AUGGGUUGCAUGAGGACUAUUCUGCAUGUUCCGACGAGGAGCAACCGGAGGAUUUGGGGUCUAGAGCGGGAAAUUCGUGCGUCGAUUUUAAAGCUAGUGAAGGAGAGGCAGAAGGUCGGAGUCGGCGAGGAUUUGCUGCAAACACUUGUUGAAGGGGCAAAGGAGACUUACUCGACAUCGGCUGCGAUGGAUCAGUUCAUCGUUGAUAACUGCAAGAACAUAUACUUGGCUGGGUUCGAGACAUCGGCUAUUUCGGCCUCGUGGUGUCUGAUGUUGUUGGCUACGAAUCCGGAGUGGCAAAUUCGCAUCAGGGAGGAAGUGGACCAAGUCUGUGAGGGUCGAGUCCCCGACAUAGACACGCUUCGUAAGAUGAAGCAGCUACACAUGGUGAUUCAAGAGACGAUGAGGCUGUACGCUCCGGCCCCGACCCUGUCGAGGGAGAUGCUGAAAGACGUGAAGAUCGGCGGCCUGAGGGUGCCCAAGGGCGUGAACGUGUGGACCAUGGUGGCCACGCUACACACGGACCCCAAUAUAUGGGGUCCGGAUGCGCUCCAGUUCAAGCCGGAGAGGUUCCAGAAUGGAAUCUCGGGCGCGUGCAAGAGCCCGAACUGCUAUAUGCCGUUCGGGUUUGGGCAACGCGUGUGCGUGGGGCAGCAUCUGGCUAUGGUGGAGCUCAAGCUGCUCAUGGCUCUCAUCAUGUCCAACUUCUCCUUCACUCUGUCUCCCAAAUAUGUACACAAACCGGAGAUGACGACCAUAAUAGAGCCUAAGCAUGGAGUUAACAUUUUGAUUAACAAGAUCUAA